AUGGCAGAUAACCUGAGGAGACUGGUCUCCAACGAAGCUUUACGGUCGUUGCAGGACAAGCUAGAGUCCUGGCUGAGGGAGUACAACGCGAACUCAUGUGAUCAAAAUCUCAAUCACUGCCUCGAACUCAUUGAGCAAGUUGCCAAAGUGCAGGGGCAGCUCUUUGGGAUCCUCACUGUAGCAGCCCAAGAAGGAGGACAUUAUGAUGGCGUGGAAACAAUCAAAUCGCGCCUUUUGCCUUGGCUGGAGGCCUCCUUCACAGCUGCUUCCCUGGGAAAACCUGUGGACAGCAAGGUCCCUUCUCUACAGGAUACAUUCGAUAAGGACAGACAUAAAGAGCCUGGUAUUUGGGACAUACAACAUUUAGAUGCUGAUUUGAGUGCAACUCGUAAUCAACUCAACCAGGUUCAAGACGAUAUGGCUGAGACUGAAAAGACUCUUGAAGAACCCAAGAACAGAUCUGCCAUAUCCCUUUUGGCUGCAGAAGAGGAAAUAAAUCAGCUGAAAAAGCAGCUUAAAUCUCUUCAAGCCCAGGAAGAAUCCCGCCACAGAAACUCAGAUCGUAGGAGAUCAGAGAAGCGGGGCUCCGAGCGGAGGAGAGUGGAGCUGCGGGGUUCGGAGCAGUGGGUCUCUGACCUGGACAAGCGGAACGCAGAAGCCGUGUGCGAUUAUGAGAAACAGCUCCGAACGCUGAAGGACGAGAUAGCUGUUCUGUCUGCUGAAAAAUCUGUACUCCAAGGAAGGUCCGCCAGGAGCCGGUCUCCCAGCCCUGCCCCUUGCAGCCGCAGUCACAGCCGCAGCCGCAGUCACAGCCGCAGCCACAGCCACAGCCGCAGCCACAGCCGCAGUCACAGCCGAAGCAGAUCGGCCAGCCCCUCCUCUGCCAAGGCCAGGACCCCGUCCCCGAAUCGCGCCAAACUGUCCAGCGUGGCGCGCAAAGCCGCCCUGCUCUCCCGGUUCAGCGAUGCCUACUCCCAGGGCCGCCUGGAUGCGCAGUGCCUGCUGCGGCGCUGUAUCGACAAGGCCGAGAUGGUGCAGCGGAUCAUCUACAUCGCGACCGUGGAGGCAUUCCAUGUGGCCAAAAUGGCAUUCAGACACUUCAAGAUCCGCGUGAGGAAAUCACUGACACCAUCUUGCGCAGGGUCAAAUGACUUUGAGGAUGCUGUCUCGGAUUAUAUCAUCUGUCAUCUUGAUCUAUAUGAUUCCCAAAGCAGUGUUAAUGAUGUGAUCCGAGCCAUGAAUGUCAAUCCCAAGAUUUCAUUCCCUCCUGAAGUUGACUUUUGCCUCCUCAGUAACUUCAUCCAGGAAAUAUGUUGCAUUGCCUUUGCAAUGCAGACUUUAGAACCACCCCUAGAUAUUGCAUUUGGGGCCGAUGGAGAAAUUUUUAAUGAUUGCAGGUACCGUCGAAGCUAUGACUCCGAUUUCACGGCUCCCUUGGUCUUCUAUCACGUGUGGCCUGCUCUCAUGGAGAAUGACUGUGUCAUCAUGAAGGGAGAAGCUGUCACCAAGAGAGGGGCUUUUUGGAAUUCAGUACGACCUAUAAGUCGAUGUCGAAGCAGGAGUUUGAGCCCCAUCUGCCCUCGUUCCCGUAUUGGUUUAGGCAUGAUAUCUCGAAGCCGGAGUCCUUCUCCGAUAAGAUGUGGAUUGCCAAGGCCCAAUAACAUCUCUCAUCAUUACAGUGUCUUGGUGUUGAAAGUUCUGAAAAGCUCCAGGAAAAAAUAUUGA